UGGAGUUUCAUAUGACUCCUCUUUUUUCUCUCGCCCGCCCGAACUAUUGCUAAAUAUUAAUCUUGCCUCGCCCUUUCUCUUCCUCCUACCAUUCUUCUUCAAGCACUCACCUUCGUGAUACACACAUAACGCGCGCAUAUCCCAGCAACCGCUAACAUGUGUGGUAUCUUCGCCUGUCAUCGUCAUCCUGACGUGGAAAAGUUCAAGCCCACGGCUUUGAAGCUCGCAAAGCAAAUCCGUCACCGUGGCCCCGACUGGAGUGGAAGCGUGAUUGCCAACCAUACUAUUCUCUGCCAUGAGCGUCUCAGCAUUGUCGGUGUUGAGUCUGGAGCCCAGCCCCUGACCAACGCCGACGACAGCAUCAUUCUUGCUGUCAACGGUGAGAUCUACAACCAUCGUCACAUUCGAAAGAACCUCAAGGAGCAAUACCACUUCAAGACUACAUCUGAUUGCGAAGUUAUCAUUCCCCUGUACACCGAGUUUGAUACCGAUUGCCCUAACCACCUCGAUGGCAUGUUCUCUUUUGUCCUCUACGACAAGAAGCAAGAUCGCACAAUUGCGGCCCGCGACCCUAUUGGUAUCACCACCUUCUACCAGGGCUGGUCCUCCAAGGAACCCGGAACCGUUUAUUUCGCCUCCGAGCUGAAGUGCUUGCAUAGCGUUUGUGACAAGAUCGUUGCUUUCCCCCCCGGUCACGUUUACGACUCCAAGACUGGCGAGACGACUCGCUACUUUAACCCUUCUUGGUGGGACCCUAAGAAGGUUCCCAGCAACCCCGUCGAUUAUAAGGUUCUCCGACAUGCUCUCGAGAAAGCUGUCCGAAAGCGACUCAUGGCUGAAGUCCCCUUCGGAGUUCUCCUUUCUGGUGGCCUUGACUCGAGUCUGACAGCAUCUAUCGCUCAGCGUGAGGUGACCAGACUUCGGAAACAGGCUCUGGAGGCUAACGGCAACGUUCUCCCUGUCGAAAACCCUGACACCGGUGAGGGUCUCGUCGGUGUUGACGAUGAUGAUCACCUCGAUACUCUGACAUACCUCCCCCAGCUUAACUCCUUCUCCAUCGGACUGCCUGGUUCUCCGGACAACAAGGCCGCACUUGAGGUCGCCAAGUUCCUUGGUACCAAGCACCACGUCAUGACCUUCACCAUCGAGGAUGGCCUCAACGCUCUUUCAGAUGUUAUCUUUCACCUUGAGACCUACGAUGUCACUACCAUCCGAGCCUCCACUCCCAUGUAUCUCUUGUCACGAAAGAUCAAGGCCAUGGGUAUCAAGAUGGUUCUGAGUGGAGAGGGAAGUGACGAGAUCUUCGGUGGUUACCUGUAUUUCCACGCUGCCCCUGAUAAGGAGGCUUUCCACGAGGAGACAGUUCGUCGUGUCAAGAACCUUCACUUGGCUGAUUGCCUGCGAGCUAACAAGUCCACCUCCGCUUGGGGCCUUGAAGCUCGUGUUCCCUUCCUCGAUAAGGAGGUAAGUUCAGCUCUAUUAAACCAGUUGUUCCCCAGAAACUAAGAGUGAUAUUAGUUCCUUGAAACAUCGAUGAACAUCGAUCCUCAAGAGAAGAUGAUCACCAAGGACAGACUUGAGAAGUACAUCAUUCGCAAGGCUUUCGACACCUCGGACGAGCCUGACGAACAGCCCUAUCUCCCUGAUAACAUCCUCUGGCGACAGAAGGAACAGUUCUCCGAUGGUGUCGGCUACGGCUGGAUCGACGCACUCAAGGACAACGCCGAGAAGCAGGUGACAGACGAGAUGAUGAAGAACCCCAAGCCUGAGUGGGGCAACGAUAUUCCCGAUACCAAGGAGGCGUACGUUGACACCGGUUUCGUGCAGUUGAAUGAGACUAACAAUGAAUAGUUACUGGUAUCGAUGCAUGUUUGAUGAGCACUUCCCCCCUCACUGCGCGUCGACCGUCAUGCGCUGGACUCCCACUUGGUCCAAGCAGACUGACCCCAGUGGCCGGUACGUAACUUCUCUAUCCCCAGAGCUGGACGGUUGGUGGUCCGAAAGGAAACACGCUUGCUAAUGUCUGGUUGCAGAGCCAUUUCCACUCACAACGCCAAAUACGAUAACGCGGCUUAAUGAUAUAGUGAAUUGAGCAAACAUCAGGCACGGCAAGCUUGCUUGCCUCAUUGUAACUUACACUGCCAUAUAAGAGAUGUCUGGCCCAAAAGGAAUAUGAAGUGUAUGUCUUGGGUGUCGUUCUCCUGGAAGAAGAGAAAAGGCGUCUUGGAUCUUGCUUACCAACCAACCGCGGAAUGACGAUGGGAAAAGGUACGGAAAGAUAGGGACUUGGGAAAGAAAACAAAAGACAAAAGUUCUAGAAACAAAGGAUCGCAUAAUUUGCGUACCUGUGCAAGUGUCGAUGAAAGACCGGUUUCACCGCAGUUCGAAGGUGGCAGUAGGUGCAAUGUGUCGUCCUGAUUUGUCU